AUUUUAACACCAGUCUAUAGCAAAUCAGUAUAGAUCGUAACACCAGUCUCCACUAUUUGGGCUUGGUGUUGGUCUUGGACUACAAUUAUGCUUAAUUAUGAUAUCUUGGCCUAGAUCAGGGCUGCACAAUCCUGUUCCUGGAGAGCGGUCAUCCUGAAGGUUUUCUCCCUGGCCUAGACCUUUGAAUCAAGACAACAUUAAGGACAACCCAGGACUAAUGACUGCUGGAUAAGUCCAUAAUAAAUUUAAUAACUUGUACAUUUCGUUUGUCCUACACAAACAAAGACAAAAGAAUCUCUGGCAACUAUAUUUCACUUGAGUGGAAGACCGAAAGACCGGAAAACACCUAAUCAACAAACGCGAUUAGUAAUGCAACGUUAACAAAGGUGACAUUUCACACAACAUUCUGUCAGAAAGGUGAUGCAAGUGUAGAACAAGAGAAAAACAAUCAAUGGAGAUAAAAACGGAAAAGAUACGUAUUCUGUAACAAAUAUUUUGGAAUUAAAAAUGUGUAUUGGGAUAAACAGUUAACCGGAAAAGGGUCCGUCUUCAAUAAGUCCGAUAUAACACAGCAACUAUCGACCCUUUUGUUCCGGUAGUCCCAGCAAUCAGUCACAUUAAGUUAGCUCACGUUUUCCUUCGGUAGACAUGAACUGUUAAACAUGGCACAACAAUGAGUUUGUCUCUAAACGGAGCUAUAGUGGAAGACGAUAUGGACAAUCAAAUCGUACAGGACGGGUUGGGAGUUGUGUCACGGUCGAUCGGAAUAUCAGAUUUCUCGGAUGAGAUCCUUUUGAAUAUCCUGCGCUAUGUGUCGACUUCUGAUCUUCUGAAUAACGUGUCAAGGACCUGCCGUAAACUACACACACUCUGUUAUGACAAGACACUGUUGACCACCGCUACUCUGUCUGAGGAAUACACGGCCAAUGACGCCACUAUUCGGAAGGUGCUGAAGCAUUUAUCCAGUCACGUGCAGUCCCUCAGCCUGAGCGGCUGUUAUUGGCUAUCUGGCUCCACUAUUGACAAGCUGAUUGGCUGUCGCUCUAUUGUGCGCCUGGACCUAUCAGGGUGUCGCCUCACCUCUCUGCGUCUCUCCCGUCUCCUCUCCUCUCUGUCUCUCCUCAAGUCUCUUGCCUUCGAUGUGGCGCCGGGCUUUGACUCCGCCCAGCUGAGUAGUGAGGCCCGUGAUUCGUUGUCGCGGCUGUCAGAGCUGAGACAAACACUUCUGACUCCCAGUUACGGGGUUGUUCCCUGCUGCUCCCGCCUCCUCAAACUCUACCUGCAGCUGGACAUACCUGAUGUCACCAGGGAGGGCGCCAGCGUGUGCUGUCGACUGAUGAUGGGGCAGAGCAGCGUUCCUCACUAUCAACAGCUAGAGGAGUUCACUGCCCGUCUGGCGCCCGGAGAGGUGAACCAGACUCUUCUCCUGCUCUACCUGGCUGUCUUUAGUGUACGUGUUCCGGAGCGUCUCCGUUGCUUCCUGGUUUCAGUUCCUGGUCCAAACCCCGCCCAUUGGUCUGCUGCAUCCUCACUGGUCCUAAGCCUUGGUCGGCAUGGUGACGUGGAAGCCCUACAGCUGCCUCGCUCCUGGUUGGACAGCUUAUCGCUAGGGCAGGCCCUGCUUAGCAAUGCCCCCAAGCACCUCAACUUCUCCCGUUGCCCUGCGUUACGUCAAACUGUCAUCCAAUCGCUGGCUGGUGCCGGAGUGAGAGACUCUACGAGAUUGGUCAGCCUCAACCUCAGUGGAAUAGGCCACGCCUCCAAUUUCCCAGAGUGCAGUGGGGCACGGGCGGAGGAGGAACUUGUUGCCGAGGCAAUGAGCCGGGUGGUUGCUGGCUGUCCCAACCUAUCACACCUCAACCUAUCACACACACACUAUCACCAUGACAACACGCACACACCUGGUCUGGAGGACUGCAUGCACCUGUGUACCAGUCUAGCCAAACUAACACACCUCCGCUCCCUGGCCCUGCCUGCUUGCGCCCUGUCAGACGGCUCACACACACCCACACACACACCCUCCCCCUCCUCUCUGCUGCUGGGGCUGAAGAAACCGUCCCGAGUGGGGCUCCAGACCUACAGGCCAGGUGUGAACAACUCUCUCCCCAGGGAGAGCACAUCCGGGCUGGGUACCCUGUUGGCCGGCUGCCCCUCCCUGGAGGACCUAGAGCUGACCAGUCCAGGUUUCGUUUCUGCUCUGCCACGUCUCGAGCCUUGUUCCCGGGUGUGCACGGAGCAGAGAGUGUGCGUCUGGGCACGCAGCGUGGGGGACACACACAUUGCGGCGCUCGGGGGUUUUCGUGGGCUGCGGAGGUUGACGUUGGCGGGUCUUCCAGGGGUCCAGAAGGGAACGGGGUUGGUACGGGCGGCCGAGCUCUGCCGGGACCUUAGGGCAUUAUCUGUGGCUAACCUGGGGUCCUUAAAAACCUGGAACUACAGCACCGCUCUGCUGGACACACUGAGAAACUGCAGUCAGCUCACAGAGCUACGAUUGGAGCAGCCCUAUUUGGUGUGUAGCCGUGCAUUCUGGGAGGCGUUGUCAUGCUGUUCUCAUCUCCGCCGUCUCUGUCUCAUCUCUCGGAACGGAACAUUCGACCCUGAUGCCGUGGUUACCUUUAUGGAGCGUUGCCGUGAUGUCAUGGUGUGUCACAUGUUCAUGGGUGGAACUCUAGUGGCAUGUCGCACGCUGCAGAAAACACUUCUGGACCGUUUCUUAGUGGAUCGUCCGGCCCUCAGUGUGGUCAUCUACCCUCUAAUCCACGAAGACCUCCCAUUUGUCAUCAGAGACAUGCCCCUCCCCCUGCUUGAUCAGCUGACCCUCUUCCAGAGCCGCAUUGCCCAAGUCCCACUCUCAUCACCAUGGUGAUACCAGAGAGUGAAGACGCAGCAAGCCAAUCAACGCCACUGAGACCUCAUUAUCACGGGGACGCCGAAUAGUUAAGAGGCAGCUAGCCAAUAGGAGCCCCUCAGAUUUCAUUUCCGAGGUGAUGCCAAACAAAUAUGGAGGCAGCUAGCCAAUCAGAGCCCCACAGACCUCAUUUGCAUGGUGCUGUUAGAGUUUGAAGAGGCAGCUAGCCAAUCAGAGAGUAUGGAAUCUGGGGUUAGGGUUACAUGACUUGAUGCAAUACCAGCCAACCGAACUGAAAGGCAGACAUGAUGGACACCGUUCUCUAGGGACUCCAGUCAAAUAGUUCACCAGAUAGGGAAUAUUUGAAAGCUGGUCUCAGGAAUGUGAUCUGGUUGAUCUGAGAGCUAUUCAAAUAAAAAGGGUUUUCUAUUGAGAGUCUGUGUGUAUUUAAAUAACAUGAAUAUACUGAUGGGUGUCAAACUAAAAAACCUGAAUAAAAGAGUGGAGGAACAUGAACGCAGAUGCUUCCAUACAGGAGAACC